AUGGCGUCAUGCCAUGACCCAAGAAUUGGCACCCUCGAAGCUAAUGACACAUGGACUCUUCAAUCUUUGCCCCCGGGCAAGAAACCCAUUGGUUGUAAGUGGGUUUACAAGGUCAAACUCCAUCCUGAUGGUUAUCUUGAUCGGUAUAAAGCACGUUUGGUGGCAAAAGGCUAUAGUCAGGUUGAGGGGAAUAGUUUACAAGACAUUGAAGCAACCAAGUCAUACUUGCUGCAACAAUUCAAAUUGAAAGACCUUGGUCAACUGAAAUAUUUUCUUGGCAUCGAGAUUGCUCAUUCUAGCAAAGGCAUAGCCCUUUCACAAGGCAAGUAUGCCCUUGAAAUACUAGAGGAUGCAGGACAGCUUGGUGCAAAACCAGCCGAUUCACCCAUGAAGCAUAACUUGUCCCUUAGCAAACAUGAUGGCGACUACAUUGAUGAUCCAUUUUCGUAUCGAAGGCUUGUGAGGAGGCUGAUCUAUUUGACAAUUACCCGGCUUGACUUGGUGUAUGCUGUUCACACUCUAAGCCAGUUCAUGGAUAAACCACGAACACCACACCUAGAGGCAGCUUAUCGGGUUUUGUGCUAUGUCAAACGUGCACCAGGGCAAGGUAUUUUUCUUUCUGCCAAUAGUCCAAUUCAAUUAAAUGCUUUUUGUGAUGCGGAUUGGGCUCGAUGUCGUGAUACUCGACGUUCUACUAUCGGGUAUUGUGUAUUUAUUGGCAAUUCUUUGGUUUCUUGGAAGACCAAGAAGCAAACCACAGUAUCCCGAUCUAGUGCGGAAGCUGAAUAUCGUUCCAUAGCUGCCACUUGUUGUGAAAUUGCUUGGUUACGAUAUAUUUUGCAAGAUUUAGGCAUUAAGCAUUCACAUGCAGUCAAGUUAUAUUGUGACAACCAAGUAGCGCUCCACAUUGCUUCGAAUCCAGUAUUUCAUGAACGGACUAAACAUAUUGAAAUUGAUUGCCAUCUGGUGAGAGAAAAGGUUCAAAGUGGAAUGAUCAAAACGGCUCAUAUUUCCACCUUACAACAACCAGCAGACAUAUUCACAAAGGCCGUGAGUCUUCCACAAUUUGCGAUUUUACUCAGCAAGUUAGGAAUCAUUAACAUACAUUCCAACUUGAAGGGUAGUGUUGAGGAGCGUAAAAUCCCAAUUAAAUCAACGUGA